GUGAAUAGUGUUUGAAGCUAUACUCUGUAAAACAUUCACUGACAUAAACUGAGUGGAAAUUAACUCCGAGACAAAAUGGGUUGUGGAUAUACAAUAGGAUGUUCCUUGGUGUCUUGUUUAUUUUGGUGGACAUCUUUAGUUGUAGAAGUGACGUUCAUACACGCAUCUUCUUUGCAGAAUGAUAUGAAAGUCUUGUCGCAACUUUUACCGGGUGUGUAUACAAACUCUCAGCAAUAUUUAAACGAAUCUGGCAAACACAUGUCGUCUGCUAGAAGCCACUUUCUAAUGAGGUCUACUUUCCGUCCAGCGGACAUCUCGUUUCUUCCCGGCUCGUUCAAUGUCUUUGCCGAACAGUUUCACGGAGAAAGCCGAACCCCAUACAGACAGCGAGUUUACAGUUUCAGCGUUGACAAAAACCAACGAGCGUUACGUAUGAAGAUUCUGAGCUUUAACGACGACGGGUCCACCGAUCCGAAGGUGAGGUCCCUAUCGUCCCUGUCACGUCUGAAACGACAGGACCUGACCACGCAAGAUGGCUGCGAUAUGUUCUGGAGAAGAUUAAGUCGAAUGAUGUUCAUCGCUGCAACAGGAAUAGAAUGUCUGGGUACAAUCAAAGGACAAACGGUUCGUGUGUCUGUAACAAUAACAUUGACACCUAAGGUUAUUCAGACCCAGGAAGCUUGGUACAGGGUAAAAGAUGGGAGCAAGCUUGUUGAAAUUGAAAUCCCAUACCACCUCGUCAAAGUUAAGAAAUAUAAAACUAAAAGUUUUAAAGUAAAGAACAUGAAAUCCAGACGUGAGCUACAGCUUCAAAAUGACCUGCCAGAGGACGCGCCGAUUAAGAAAACGAGACACAAGCCAAAGAAACUUUUUUUUCGGAAACAGUUUCAUACAUCCAUAGGCACGUGGGCAGUCAACAGUUUCCGCGGUUUACAGGAUGCGUUAACUUCCGGUCGCGUGGUGCAUUACGUCAUUGACCUAUCGGAGUGUUCUUUGCCUUCUCAGGUCAAGAUUAAUCGGAAGUCGUUUGGCGAUAAGAUUUCCAUGUUUGAAAAUAUAAAAACAUUCGACGGAAAGAAACGGAACUUCAUAAAAUUCUCUCAAAAACGAUUUCUGCAAAAUAAAAAUGGAGCCGAGACCAUUGCAAGGGAAAUAACAGUGUAUGGCAACGGCAAGGUGGUGGUUAAAGUUGUCACCGAUAACCAUGACAACAGACUUGCUCCUAAAAGAUACACGGCGUACUGCAGACUGUUUGAUUAUAGAUUAGGGAGAGGUGGUGUGAAAUUAUCAACUGAUCCCCUGAAAGACGUAAACGAAAUAGAAACUUUUGAAAUGUUGAAAUCGUCGCUUAAAACAGGAAAACAAGUGCGCAUGUCAGUAGAUUUAUCCAAAUGCUCGGGCUCUCCUACCAGUGAGAAAAGAGAAAUAGGCGGCGAAAUACGAGGAUACGAUUUCUCAGAUUCUGACCAUGGAAUAGAGUUCACUUUAUCAAGGUCGUACAUCGACUUCCCGCGAGCAGACGUGUCCGAGCACUUUCUGAUUGGUCGAUUUUUCAGCAAUGGCGACGUGACGUUCGUGGAGACGUCCAGCAGACACGAGAACUCUGUCCAAGACAAUAAAAAACAGUACAGGUGUUAUAUAAAGGCUGACGGCCUGAGACACAACACCAGAAACAAUUCAAUAAAAAUGUUUGCUUUGUGACACAUAGUCUAAAUGUAAGAAAGAAAUUGUCGAUUUAUUAUUUAAGCGUAAAAUUUUAUCAGCUAGUUUUGGUGGCCUACACCAUUCGGGCUUGAUUCAUUCAUAAAGAGACACAUUACUAGUAGUCCUAAAACGUUUUUGACAAAGACCAAUUCAAUAACAGGUUUAACGUACAUCAAUUAAUCGGUGUCCAUUAGUACUUGACACGAUUGCCUAAGACGUUAAGGCGCGAUGUGCCUGUCAGAGUUCAUUUAAGCAUCAAAUUGUAUCAGCUACGUCAUUUGGGCAUGAUUCACAUUACUAGUAGUGCUAAUACUUUUAUUUGGGACAAAGACCAAUUCAGUAUCACGUGUAACGUACAUCAAUUAGUGAGUGUUAACAUGUAUUUGACAUGGUUGCCUAAGACGUUAAGACGUGGCGUGUCUGUCAGGGUUUAGAGACCAUUCAUGGACAACGCUAAAACGUGAAGUGGCUGUCAAGGUUUAGAAAACUUCGUAGACAUAACUAACACGUGAUUAGACUGUCUCGGUUUUACAUCAAUUCGUGGACUUUCAUUCAGGGAUGACCCGUUGAUCUGUCAAUGUAAUAAGUACUGCCAGAUUACUAUGGUACACGACGUGGAAUAGGUAUGAAGGAAUACCAGACAACAGUAUGAAAAAGUCGUCCACCCAAGACUACUACAGCGAGACCAGUGCUACAUUAGGCCGGGCGCCAUUAUUUGAUCACAAUCGAGCGGUUACACACCAGAAGGCUUCCCAAGGAUGCCAAGUACGCAUGCGCAUGCACUGAGUAGCAGAAAUGCACCACUGUGAUCAUUGGACUAAUAAUAAUGAAUAUGCAUGAAGGUGAUCGGUGAAGAUUUAAAACAUAUAUAUUUGUUUACGAGUAAUGUCUUCAAAUAUAUUGCUAAAAUUAAUAAUAUUUUAUGUUUUCAAAUUGCAAUGUUAAUUUGGGGUGUAAAAGAGUUAGAAUAAGUGUCCUAUAGAUUAGUAUUGAUGUUGUACAUACAAUUUGUCUUUGAUUGGUUUCAUAUAUAUUUAUCCAAUGGUUUCACUAUUAAAUUAAACUUACAAACCAGUUCAAGAGAA